AUGGAAAACUCAAUGAACGGUGGAAUGAACCCAGUCAAUAAUGAAGAGGGCUCGGGGGGAGGGCUUCUCUUGCUGCGUGACAUGGAUCGGAUCGCAAAUAACCUCAAGAUUCAUGAUCAGGAGGCUGCUAGACGAAAUGAAGCGCCAAUGUUUGAAGGAGUCACUGCAAAAACUUGCGAGGAAAGAUGGGUUGUUUUAUUUCAGAAACAUAAGGACCGCGUAUCGCAAAUGUACUCUCUUCCACUCCUUGUUUUCAUUAUAUCCGGCAUACGAAAUGCGACAAUACAAUGCAAAACUCAAGACCCAGACAAAACUGAAAUAAGUACAAUAAGACUUCCACUGGUCAACUGCUUGGCGAAUAAGACCGAUAUCCGUUCUCAUGUUGCCGAUUCAAUGGGUAUGGUUACAUCAUUAUCAGAUUUGUUUGAUACUUCUAUCGCCAUGCUCCCUUCGGAAUGCUCAUAUAUUACUGCAAUUUUCCCAUUUUCAACUUGA